GUUAUUGCUGGCAUUGUAUUAGGACCAUCCGUUAUGGGUCGUAUACCAGGUUUCAAAGACGCCAUAUUCCCCACCGCAUCUCUUCCUUUUAUCAAUCUUAUUGCUACCAUUGGCCUGGUCUUCUUUCUUUUCCAGGUCGGCCUUGAAGUCGAUCUCCGGGUAGUCAGGAGAGACUGGCGCAAGAGUAUCGCAAUCUCAUUUGCCGGAAUGGCCCUUCCAUUUGGCCUCGGUAUUGCUGUCAGUGUAGGACUCUAUAAACUCCAGGACGAUCCAUCAGUUCCAUUUUCUAGUUUCCUUUUGUUUUUGGGUGUAGCAAUGUCAAUUACAGCUUUUCCCGUACUUGCACGAAUUUUAGCUGAGCUGAAAUUGUUACGUACAAAAGUCGGUGCAAUUACCAUGGCAAGUGGGCUUAUUAACGAUUGUACAGCAUGGGUUCUAUUGGCAUUAGUUGUUGCCUUGCUAAAUUCUUCGGGUGGAAUCGAAGCUCUCUGGGUAUUCUUGACUGCAGUUGGCUACUCAUUGUUCUUGAUAUUUUGCGUUCGUCCAUUGUAUCGGAUGCUCUGUGUAAAAACAGGCUCUUUUCAAAACGGACCCUCUCCAUUCCUGAUGACUGUCACCCUCCUUAUUGUGCUAGUCUCUGCGUUUGUGACGGACAUCAUUGGUGUUCAUGCUAUCUUUGGUGGAUUCCUUGCCGGCGUAAUUGUACCUCACGAAGGAGACUUGGCUAUCAAGAUUACCGAAAAGAUUGAAGAUAUCAUCAACAUUGUCUUUUUACCUCUUUACUUUACUCUUUCUGGUCUCAAGACACAAAUCGGUCUUCUCGAUACAGGUGUUGUGUGGGGCUAUGUGAUCCUGGUCAUCUUCUUGGCCUGCUUUGGAAAAAUUGUUGGGUGUACGGCAGCAGCAAAACUGUGUGGAAUGACUACAAGAGAAUCGUUCACUAUUGGAUUCUUGAUGAAUUGUAAAGGAUUGGUGGAGCUUAUUGUCCUCAACAUUGGCCAUGAUGCUGGUGUUCUGAAUGAUCAAGUAUUUGUUAUUAUGGUUGUGAUGGCAUUGGUAACGACCUUCAUGACAACUCCUGUGGUCUUAUGGCUUUAUCCCGACGAACGUUUCACGAACUCAAAAGCUUCCAGCGUCAUACCUACGAUGGUAUACGAAGACACUGGAAAUGAACAUUAUUGCCUCGUUACAAUGUUGAACAGAGUCGAUGCUGUACCUUCCAUGAUUGCGCUCUUGCGCCUGUUAACCAAUCCUGUACAGGACGAGAAGGCAAAGUACCAAAUGAACCCAAAAAUUGACAUACAUGUCCUUCGUCUCCUGGAGCUCACCCAGAGAGCGUCCGAUGUAAUGAAAAUCCGAGAUCUGCGAGAGACCGAACGCCAGGACACAAUUUUGAGUGUGUUGCGUGCGUUUGGAAGUCUAAUUGGUGUAGACGACCUUCACACCAGACUUGACUUCUGCCCUUUGACUGGAUACAUCAAGGCCGUUUCAGAUUACAGCGUUCGAUCAGGAGCGGACAUGAUUGUACUUCCCUGGCCACCAACCCGCCAGAUACCACUAAUCGAGGGCACUCAGACUCAGUCCCAAAUGGAGACUUUUGGUGUCACAGCCGACCGACAGAAGUAUCCAAUGGCUGAUGUUGAAUACGCCAGUAGCGCGUUUAGUAUCUCCCACACAGCCUUGGGUUUGUUUAUUGAUCGUGGAUUUGGAGACUACCAAGACACUCGUUCCCUAUUUGAAGCCUUUCAGAUCGUUGUUCCAUUUGUGGGUGGACCUGACGAUCGUGCAGCAGUCCUUUUUGCUCUUCGUCUUCAGAGUGUUUACCCUGUUAACGUUACAGUCGUACGACUUGAAACAGAACCA